GGCCUAGCCAGCAUCGCCUGCGCCAUGGAGGCCCACAGCAAAUAUUGGAGCGGGCUGCGGGGGGAGCCGGAGGUGGAGGACGAGCCAGAGGAAGAGGAGGAGGGUGAGGAAGCGCGGAAGGAUGAAGAACUGGGGGGCGAUGAUGAGGAGGCGGAGCCCCCCAUGGACCCCCCCCAGGUCCUGGACGGACCCCGUCCCCGUCCCACUGCCCGCACGGCGCUGGUGUUCGACGAGAGGAUGGAGGAGCACUACAACCCGUGGGACAGCCAGCACCCCGAGUGCCCGCAGCGGCUGUCGCGCGCCCUACAACGGCUGUGGGAUUUGGGGCUGACGCAGCGCUGCCUCCUGCUGCCCCCACAGCCCGCGCGGCCCCCCCAGCUGCGCGCCUGCCACACGUGAGCACCUCCCCCCUCCCCCAAAAAAGACCCGCACCCAAAAAAGACUUCCUCCAUCCCACCCUAAAAGACCCUUCUUGUGUCCCAAACACCUCCUUUAUGGCCCCGGAAAUAUUCUUUAGCACCCCCCCAAAAUGCUUUAAUAACCCCAAAAUCACCUUUGUCACCCCAAAAUCUCCUCAUAUGGCCCCAAAAUCCCCUUUUCCUCCCCCCCCAGAUCUCCUUAUAAACUCCCCAAAUCCCCAUUGUCCCCCACAAAAUUCCCUUUAUUGC